GGUUAGGCAUCAUGUGGGCCCUUACGUCUCUCCUACUUGCAGGCAUCGCCCAAGCAGCUAUCCCUAAUGCCAUGCUUCGUGGCAAGCAUUCCCUCCCAAAACUUCCACUGCCUGAACGCUUCCUCACUUCAUCGAAUGACACAACGCUCCCACCCAUUACGACCGUCUAUCAUUUUGACCAGCUCAUAGACCACAAUAAUCCAGGCAUUGGAACGUUCCAGCAGCGAUACUGGAUGAACUGGGAGUUUUAUGAGCCCGGUGGCCCCAUUAUCUUGAUGACGCCUGGAGAAUCUAACGCAGAUGGCUCCGAGAUCUUCACUACCAAUGAAACUAUCAACGGUCUCAUCGCUCAACAACAGAAUGGUGCAGCUAUCAUCAUCGAACAUCGUUUCUUUGGCUAUUCCAACCCAUACGACAACCUCACGUCACAAUCUCUCGCGCUCCUCACCAUCCAGCAGGCCAUUGAUGAUCUUGUGUAUUUUGCGACCACAGCCGACCUUCCCAUGCCUGGGGGUGAUGCUGUCAAACCAGGUCAGGCACCGUGGAUCCUGGUCGGAGGAAGUUAUUCAGGAGCCCUCACGAGUUGGAUAAUGGUCAACAAACCGGGAAUUUUCUGGGCUGGAUAUUCAUCAUCUGGCGUCGUAGAGGCAAUAACCAACUAUUAUAAAUAUUUUACCCCAAUUCACGAGCACAUGCCACAGAACUGUUCUUCUGAUGUAGAAGCAGUGAUCUCCUACCUAGAUCACAUGUACGCGGUUGGUGACACUGCUGGAAUCCAGACGCUCAAGGAGGCAUUUGGCCUCGGUGAUGUUGUUCAUGUAGAAGAUUUUGCCAACGCACUUCAAAGUAACCUGUUCGAUUGGCAAUCUCUACAGCCUACUGUUGGCCCAGGAGCAAUGUUCUUCCAAUUCUGCGAUGCACUCGAGGUCAAGAACGGUGUCAGUGCCGGACCUGAGGGAUGGGGACUUGAAAACGCCAUCUCCUCUUGGGGAAACUUCUGGAAUAAUACAUACCACGACAUAGUCUGUGGAUCUACUGAUGCUGAAACUUGUCUUGGAACGUAUGACACGAGCGAGUCCUAUUGGACUAAUGCCACCGUAGAUAAUGCAAACAGGUCGUGGUUCUGGAUCGUGUGUAACCAAGUCGGAUGGUAUCAGGUUGGCCCUCCCGAGUGCGAGCCUGCCGUCGUGAGCCGCACCCUCCAACCCAUUCAAGUCGGAUGGCAGGUUGGCCCUCCCGAGUGCGAGCCUGCCAUCGUGAGCCGCAUCCUCCAACCCGUUUAUCAGCAGGUAUGUACAGUAUAACUUGAAAGAUGACCAUUCGUCGAUAUCAUUGUCAGCGUCAAUGCGUCAACAUGUUCCCUGAAGCAUUCGCCUCCCCACCUGAGCCUACCACGGAGGAGACGAACGCAAUGUACGGUGGUUGGGAUGCGAGCGUCCCGCGUCUCUUCUUCGCGAAUGGCAUGCGUGACCCUUGGCGCGAGGCAACUGUCUCUGCUGAUGGGCUGAAUAAGCCUAACACUACCAGUAGGCCUAUCUAUGUGGGGGAUGGAUUCCACUGUACAGAUUUGGUGGUACAAGAUGGCAUUGUAGAUCCGAC